GAAAGUAGUAUAUUUGUAUUGUUUUAAAAAUUAAAAUAGGCCCAAAUGGUUUUACAAUUUCAGUGCUAUCACCGUUUUCACGCUUCAGCGCUGCACCCAAUCCGGCGAUCCCCGUCGUCCUGACCGUCGCCGCUUCGUUCGCGGAGUUGCAGUUGUGUGAUUUAGAAGCAUCUCGAAAUUGCGAUCGGAAAGCACAUCUAUCUCAUCAUCUUCGGGGUUUCUUCUCUUUGGAAACGGAGAGUGUGAGAGAGCGAUCCCGAGCAGCGGCGAUUGCCGGUACAAUGAGCUCUGGCGGUUUCCGGUACACGUGAGCAGCGACGAACAUUGCCACGCACUCGGAACCAUCGAAGAAGGUCACGCGACAAUUUCCCACGGAAUUUUUUGUCAUCUCAUCCAAGGCCCCUGAAUCCUCUGGACCGGCCCUAGUGAGAGGGCAAACUCUUAGUCCAAAUCCCAUCCGAACCCCCGCUGGAAAACCGCCAGCCCACCGCCGCCUCUGCGUCAAUCUACCUGUAGAGAAGCACAUGGGUUCACCUGAGGCCAAUACAACGGAGGACAUCUUUGAUUCAUCUCUGAACCUUGAGGAGAUCCAUUACAAAGAAGGCCAUUCUGAUGGCUAUGCCGAAGGCCUGUCCUCCGGCGUGGAGGAAGGCCGCCAGGUUGGCCUGAAAACCGGGUUCGAAACCGGCUUAGAACUGGGCUUCUACAGAGGCUGCAUUGAUGUCUGGAGCUCUGCGAUCCGGCUGGACCCGGCGUGUUUCUCGGCUCGCGUGCAGAAGAAUGUCAAACAGAUGGAUGAAUUGCUCAGGAAGUACCCUUUAUUGGAUCCUGAAAACGAAUCAGUUUCAGAUGUGAUGGAGUCUUUGCGGAUCAAGUUCCGGGCUAUCUGUGCCACUCUCAAGGUGAAGUUGGAGCUCGACGGUUGUGGUCCCAGGGCUUCAGAUCCUCGGGAAACUGGAUUUUGAUGGGGGGUAUGUUUCGUUAUUAAAGCAUGAUACACUAUAGAGAAUGCACAUUGUUACUUUGGAUGCUUUUGUAGUUAUUAAUUGCUUGUUUAAUCAAACAAUAGUUUGUGGUUUUGCUGUUUAUUUUCAAGAAGAUUGGUUCUUGAUUGUUGUGGCAGGCCGUAGGCCUUGUUUUGGAACAGUGCCUUCGAUUAGCGUUAGCGUUUUGGAUAAAAUUUUGAUGGUGUA